AUGCCUUUUCCAUUUUCGCCAACCUCGCAGCCUCUUCAAUCUUCUGGGCGUCGCACUUCCUUUGUCUUCACCAACUCCUCUAUAAAAAACCAGAACCACAACGAACUCCACCCCGUCAAGCUUCCUGUCUUUGCAAUAGAGUCAUUAACUACAGUACAGAAACAAUUACAUACGCUCAACUGUCACAGUUUAUGCUCAAAUUUCAUUGAUAAACAAAAUGGCUUUAUCGUCAAAGAAGAACAAGAAAGCUUGGACUUUAAAGAGAACCCUCAUGGAUUGCAAGUACAGAAGUUCCUGGAUGCUAUCAAAGAUAAAAUAGGUAUCUUCGGUAGCAUCAAAAGGGAUGGUAGAAAUUUAACCGUAUCUGAUUUUAAUGAUUUGCUCAUGGCUUUAGUAACAGAAAAUGAGAUAGAAAUUGCUUUGAAGCUUUACUCUGAAAUGUCAUCUCAUGGGUUGGCGCCUGAUUCUUGGACAUUCUCCAUCAUGCUGAGGUGUUAUUGCAAGAAAAACAAUCUAGUUGAGGCAGGAAAGGUUCUAAAUGGCAUGGUUGAGAAAGGUUUUAGUCCAAAUGUUGCAACUUUUACCAUUUUUAUAAAGUCGUUAUGCACGAGUGGCAGGUUGCAGAAAGCUUUUGAGGUUCUUCAAGUCAUGGACAGAGUUGGGUGCAAACCAAGUAUUCAGACUUAUAAUUGUUUGAUGAAAGGUUUGUGUUAUGUGGGAAGGGUGGAGGAAGCAUAUGAGAUGUUGAUGAAUAUGAAGAAGGAUUUUAUGAAACCUGAUAUAUAUUCGUACACAAUUGUUAUGGAUGGUUUUUGUAAAGUCGGUAGGUCUAAUGAGGCAGUGGAGUUGCUUAAUGAAGCUAUGGAGAUGGGAUUGAAACCAAAUGUGGUCAGUUUCAACACCCUUUUUAAUGGGUAUUGUAAGGAGGGCAGGCCACUAGAGGGUUUUGGUGUGUUGAAGCUUAUGAAGGAGAGAAAUUGUGUGCCUGAUAAUAUAAGUUAUAGCACCUUGUUACAUGGGCUAUUGAAAUGGGGAGAAACAAGGGCAGCAUUUAGAACUUUUAAGGAAAUGGUUGAUUUGGGAAUUGAAGUUGAUGGGAGGAUGAUGAAGGCUUUACUAAGAGGGCUAUGCAUUGAAUCAUGGGAAGAUCAAGACUUGUCGGAAAAUGCCUACCAAGUGUUUGAGAAAAUGAAUUUCAACAUGGACCGUGGUAGCUACAGCAUGUUGAUUAGAGCUCUUUGUGUGGGAGAUAAAACCAAUAAGGCUUUGAUCUGUCUGCAGCAUAUGGUUAGAAUGGGGCAUGUUCCCCGGAUGGUUACCUUUAAUAAUGUGAUUCAGGCGUUUUGCCAACAGGGGAAGGUGGACGAUGCAUUACUAGUUGUGAUUCUGAUGAAUGAACAUGGUAAGAUCCCAAGUAGAACAUCCUAUAACAUUCUAAUUAACAAGUUAAACCAAAAGAAAAGAUGUUCGGGUGCAGGCCUUGUCUAUGGUGCUGCAAUGAAACAAGGUGUAUUGUCUCAUCGGGUGCCUUAUGAAUUGGUAGGAAUCGAUUCAAAUUGA